AUGUCCUUUUUUGGGAUAGGAGGAAAAACUGAUGAAAAGGUCAGUUUAUCGAGUAUGAAAAAAUACGAUGCUUCCUCCAAUAUCUCGCCUUGCGAGUCGAGUUCAUCCAGCGAUGAAGAGAACGACAGUCACGCAGAGCUUGACUUAGACGAUAAGAAUGUAUUAAGUUAUUUUUCUGUUGUAUCCAACUAUAUAUGGAAGAAUAGUAGAAAAGCUUCUUAUGCUUCUGGAACUGACUCUUGGGUUCCUACUGAUCCAAAUGAAGUAGUGGAGGUUCCAACAGCAAUAGUAACGAGAUACAAAAAAGUUUAUCCACUCAUAGGAGAGGAAGACUUGAAUUCGAAUGGAGCAUUCUACGUUAUGUCUGCUGAUGAGAGUCGAAAAGAAGAAGAGGAAGAAGAAGAAGAAGUAGAAGAAGAAUUGGAACCUAAUGCUAUGAACAACGAGAUCACUACAGAGGAAAAAGAAAUCUUCAAACCCCCUCUGAAUCAUCUAGUUUUUCGAUUUUGGACGGGCACAAAGGACAACGUCAGGUUGCUAUCGUUGUUCCGAAGUCGAAAGGUUACUGAUGUGAUAGCCCUCUGCGAAAGAUGUAGAGAAUCUCGUUCUUUGUUCAGAUGCUCCUUAAAGUACUCGUCCAGUCGGGCUGAGUUUGUCAAGAAACUAUUAGUUAUCCUGCAAGAACAUCUGCUAUGGAAACCAAUUCACAUAGCUGCCGUACUAGGCUUGGAAGAGUUUUUCAAAGAACGGAAGAGGAAAGUAAGGGGACAAAUGCAUAUCUUGUCUCAACCAGAAGGAAUGACUCCUCUCAUCAUCGCUGUACAACACAAUCACAUGUCGCUAGUUAAUUAUUUAGUAACAGAAUGUUGCGAAGACCUCAAAAUUGAUUCGAGAAACCACAAUAACGUUCUACAUUAUGCGGCUACAGCAAGCGCGGAAAUGGUUAAGCUUUUGAUGGAUUCUGGGAAAUGUGAUAAUCUCAUAAAUGCCACCAAUAACGAUGGAAGUACUCCAUUCUAUCUGGCUGUGAUGGGGGGAAACCCCUUCUGUGCAAAAGCACUCAGAUCUUACGGAGGUUUGCUACGGGUACCUGGAUCUUUGAAGAAUGUUUCUCCUUUAUUGGAAGCAAUGAAAAAACCAAAAAUGGAUGUCGCAAGUCUUCAAGCGAUUUUUGAAGCCUAUCCUGAUUCUCUGAAAGAUUCCGAGUCUUUGACUGGCAAUACAGCAUUGCAUGUAGUUUCUUUCAAGAAAACUCUUCUUGCUCUCUUGGAUUUGAAGUCGGAAGAACUGCAUUUGGAUGUACGAAACUCUUUGAUGCAAACCCCACUCCAUGUUUAUAUACUAAGAAGUGAUUUGUCUCUUAUCAUGGCCAUAGCAGCAUAUAAUGUUGAUAUAAAUGCUAAAGAUAACAAUGGCAACAGUCCUCUACAUCUUGCAGUUUCUAACUUGAAUCUUGAGAUUGUGAAAGCUCUGUUAUGCUUGGGUGCUGAACCAAACAUUAUAAAUAAUCAUAAGGAAUCCCCCCGACAUCUUGCUGCUAAAUUCAAGAACAAUGAUAUUGCGAUGGAGAUUGUGAGAUGUCUGAUUAUCUGUGGUGCAAGUUCGUGUCCUCAAGGUUUUGUGGGAUGCACAACGUUUUGUGUCCACCGAGAUAACUUCGUUCCUGAACCGAAAAUUUGUGACAGCGACUCUGAAUCAUCUGUUUGCCGCAAGUUAUCAAAAUUAGCUGUUGAUUCCCAGUCGGCUACUAGUGCUUAUGAGUAUGAAGUUGAUCCAGAUAGAGGUGGGAAACAAGACCAAACGUAUCACGAUUCGAACCCCAUCCGGAAUUUUCCCCAACAGCAAGCCAUUCGGGCUGUAAUGGAGAGAUUGAAGGAAUUCCAAAAAAAAGAAGAUGUUAAUCUCAUGAAUGUUCUAUCACUAGACGGUGGUGGAAUCAGAGGACUAGUUAGCACACAGAUUUUAAUUUGUCUCCAAAGAUACUUGGACUCUCCAGUUUUCUCUUAUUUCGAUUGGGUGGCCGGAACCAGUACAGGAACGCUGAUAGCUUCUGCAAUAAUGACAGGAAAAUCUUUACGAGAAAUUCAAAAAGUAUAUCUCCGUUUCAAAGAUGAGCUCUUUGACUCUUGGACUAGACCAUACAGUUCCAUAGCUUUAGAAGAGUUUAUGAAGAAAUGCAUUGGGGGCGAUGUGAAACUAAGUGAUAUCAAAUAUCCUCGUUUCUUUUUCACUACUGUGCGAGCGGAUACUUUUCCCGUUCAAUUGGAAUUGUUGCGGAACUAUAGGUUGCCCCUAACAGAUGAGGAGAACAAUGAACUUGGUUUCCAUGAUCCAGCAGAAAUUCCUUUAUGGAAAGCUGCCAGAAGGAGUAGUGCUGCCCCAACUUACUUUUCUGCAUCCGAAGGAAAGUUCAUUGAUGGUGGAAUGGUUUCUAAUAACCCAACUCUUGAUUUGCUCAGCGAAAUUCACUUCUAUAAGAGUACAUGCGCGUUUAAGAAAAUUGAAUCGAAUGUUGAUGUCGGAUGUGUUGUGUCAGUGGGAACUGGCAUAACUCCUGUGUAUCCAGUUGAUCCUUCCGUAUUCGAGAUGAGUGAUAUGUUUGGUUUACUACGUGGAAUUAAGAAUUUAUCUCUUAUGGUUCUAGAUCAGGCAACUGCUACAGAAGGAGCUCCGAUUGCGCGAUCCAGAUCGUGGUGUCACGCUCUGAAUCGGCCCUACUUCAGGCUUAACUCUCCAUUGUUCAAAGAUAUCGUGUUGGAUGCAUCAGACGAUAGUGAUUUAGUUGAGAUGAUGUGGGACACAGUGCUUUACUGUCAUACACAUAGGAAAGAUUUGAUCGAACUCGCUCAAGUAUUGAAAGCCAUUGGGACUAAUAAAUACCGUAAGAAAAAAAUGAACAGCACGUCGAAUUAA